UGCCUGCCUGCUCCCCCCAUCCGAGCUCCGGGCGUGGAGUGAACUAGGAUGGUGGUGCACAGCGCCGGGGCUGGCUUGCUGCUCAACUGUCUCCUCCUCCUGCUGGCUGGAGCGAAGCAGAGCCGGGAUCCCGCCGCAACCAGCUGCCAGAUCCACAGGAAACAAAGCGAGCUGAACUCCUUCCUGUGGACUAUAAAAAGAGACCCGCCGUCCUACUUUUUUGGUACCAUUCACGUCCCAUAUACCCGGGUCUGGGAUUUUAUCCCUGACAAUUCCAAGAGAGCCUUCCAGCAGAGCCAUAUUGUCUACUUUGAAUUGGACCUCACCGAUCCCUACACAAUCUCUGCUCUUACCAGUUGCCAGCUCCUGCCACAGGGCGAAAACCUUCAGGAUGUGCUUCCCAGGGACAUCUACCGCCGGCUCAAGCGCCACUUGGAAUACGUCAAGAUCAUGAUGCCUUCCUGGAUGACACCAGACCAACGGGGCAAAGGCCUGUAUGCUGACUAUCUCUUCAAUGCUAUCGCAGGCAACUGGGAGAGGAAAAGGCCGGUAUGGGUCAUGCUGAUGGUGAAUUCUCUGACUGAGGUGGACAUUAAGUCACGUGGUGUACCCGUUUUGGAUCUCUACCUCGCUCAGGAAGCUGAACGCCUUCGAAAGCAGACCGGGGCAGUGGAAAAGGUAGAGGAGCAAUGCCACCCAUUGAACGGCCUCAGUUUCUCCCAGGUGAUCUUUGCUUUGAAUCAGACUCUUUUGCAGCAAGAGAAUCUGCGAGCAGGCAGCCUGCAGAUCCCUUAUACAACCGAGGACCUUAUCAAGCAUUACAACUGCGGGGACCUCAACUCCAUCAUCUUCAAUCAUGACACUUCUCAAGUCCCAAAUUUCAUCAAUUCCACUCUGCCACCUCAUGAACGCAUCACGGCGCAGGAGAUUGACAACUACUUCCGCCAGGAGCUAAUCUACAAGCGGAAUGAGAGGAUGGGCAAGAGAGUGAAAGAUCUACUGGAGGAGUAUCCAGACAAAAGUUUCUUCUUCGCAUUUGGAGCGGGUCAUUUCAUGGGCAACAAUACAGUGAUAGAUGUUUUGAGGAGAAAAGGAUAUGAAGUUGACCAUACCCCUGCUGGACAUCGAACCAACAGUGGGAAGCAUCAGAAGGUGCUGUCUGCCCUCUCUUCAUCUUCCCCGGAAUAUGCCUCCUACAUCAUCUCUCAGGAGCUCCACUCUCCCCAGCAACAUCCGCAGAAAGAGGAGGAGGAAGAGGAGGAGCUGCUGCCUCAUUUGCUUCUGCCAGAAAGCAUUGACCUGCUGGACAAAGUGGACAGGAAAUACAAAAAGAAGAAAAAGAAGCAGCAGAAGAAGCAACGCUUGCGCCAGUUCAAUGACCUCUGGGUACGCAUCGAGGAAAGUACCACUGAUCCGCCUCCUCGGAUUCGUAUAAUUAAUGGGUACAUUACUGUCGAGCCUCAGCCACGGGGCCACGGACGAUCCAGUCACAUCCAGACAAACACCAACUGCUCCAGUGGGCUAUUUCUGUUCUUCUCUACCAUGAUAUUGACUUUGAUGUUGCCCUCAGUGAUUAUACUGAUGCUGGAGUGAACCUUCCAUGUAGAACUGCAUAUUCUUAUCUUUUUUUCAAAGGAUCUGGGGUGAAACGAGAAAAGAACAACUUUUCUGAAGGGCAGAUCAUCUAUAUGGAUUUUUUAUUUUUAUUUUUUUGCCUCAUCCUUUUCCUGAAUCUGGACCAUUAACAUGAUUAACUGGUUUGACCGUGCCUAAUACAGGAGAAGAUGUUUUUGAUGAAAGCCAUUAUUUAUCCUUCUCUUGCAGAAGAAUUCUUUCAUGUUAUCCCAUGAUGAUUUUGGGGAAUGUAUAUGUAACAUAGCUGUUAUUUAGCUGUAUGAAACUGACUUGAAAACAAUUUGGGGAUUUGUUUGUUGUUUCUAUGUGGUCUCUUGUGGAUGCUAUAACGAGCUUUGAGCUUCUCAAAGCAAUAGGAACUUGGACUUGAAGUUAUUAAUUUGGCCAAAAUUGUACUGUUUGGAAUGAAGUGUUUCCUGCUCUUUGCAGAUCCACACAAUCAUCUGUUUCAGUGUUAUCACUGCCUUUUCUGCCCUCCCCGCCUCUGUACUCUUUGUACUUGUCACUUUUUACUGGACCCAUUUCUGUGUUUUUAGCAACAGCUGAACACGCACACAAUCUUUAGGAGGUGACGCUUUUCACGAGAAUUAUCUUCUUCAUGUCAGGAAAAGCUUUGCCUCUUAAAUAUUGGUGUGUAUGACAGCUCAAAAGCUUGCUCCUCUCUCCAGCGUAAUUUGAACCAUUUCUGAAAUAAGCAAGUGUUUUAUUUUUCCUGCCCUUUCAAAAGGGUUGCUAGAUCCUAGCCUGGAGCUGGUGACUAUCCCUUAAAAGAUUUUACAUGGGAUGCAGAUGCUGCAUCUCCUUUGUCUUGUUCCUCUACUGGUCAUCUUGCCUAUUAUGCUUUCUACCUCCGUGAUCUGCCUAACCUUAACUUUGCCCUUUAGCAGCUAUGGACAGAGGCAGGUUCAGGAGCCAAGUGGAUGAACCGGGUACUGGCAAAGCCUUAGAAAUCCUAAUACAACAGUGAUAAUAAAUAAAUACAACCUUG